AUGGCAGCUCUCCCAGGGGAUACGGUGACUAAAUUGUCGUCCGUUGGAUGCCAUAGUGCUAGCAUUGGCGACCAUAAUGGACCACUUGAUAGAAGUGGUUUUGCUCAUGGGGAUACUUCUACCGAUAAGACGAGUAUCAAAAGCCUCAAUGCCCGUGACAGCACCAUCGAUGAAGAGGGCUGCAAAGCAAAUAAAGACGCCUCGGGCCCUUCCCCCGACUUUUUGCAGCCUUGGUUGCCUGGUGAUGACCAAACUCUCCCUCAUCGCGGCUUUGAGUUGGAGUUGGACAUCGAUAGCGAACAAGUUGAAGAUGUCCUGCCCAAUACAUAUAUCGCCAGGGCCGCUAAUGCCAAGUAUAAGUGCAUCACCGAAGGACAUGGAUGUGCUGAGGUGUGCCUCGGGUGGCAAUACAAAAUACUACGCUGGCGCAGAGGUUCUAAGCUCAGCUAUGUCAUUUACAAAGAAUCCUUUCCAGAACCUCUCGCGAAUUUAAUAGAAGAUGCCAUGAAAGCAGCAACCGACAUGUGGGAAGGCGUUGGUGCGAGCUUUAAGCAAGUUGGCCGCUAUGAUCAGGCUACAUUUGCAGUUAUAUAUAACGACGACUACGACGAUACCGACGACGACGACGACGACGGCAGAAAGCCUUAUGCCCGCUCUUUCUUCCCAACGAAAUCGUCGUCGCGCAAGUUAAUUGUGUACCCGUUGAGUCUCCGAAAGCGCGAUUGCUUAGCCAAUAUCUUAGCCCACGAGCUUGGCCAUAUUUUAGGCCUUCGACAUGAGGCUGCUCAGGAGAAAGAGCAGAGCUACUUCUCCGUUCGUUUUGGGAAGAGGAAUCCUCGAUCAAUUAUGAACUAUUUUAAAGAUCCGAAGCAACUCCGAGUUACGAAACAAGACUUGAAAGACCUGGAUGGAAUUUAUACCUACGAUCAACCGGCGUACGGGGGCUUGCGCAUAGUAGAUAUCGAUCCACAGAAGAAGAAAAGAGUUGUGCGGGGGUUGGAAAAUUUGGUCAUUGUUGAUAUUUAA